GGGUGGACAAAGUCAUGCAAAAGCAAAACAACCGGCGAGUCUUUUUCUACCCGGUCACUUUCUCACCGCGUUUCCAUUCAAAUUCCGCUAGCCAUUUUUCCAUCACACUAGCGACUUUCCGACGAGACAUCUACCGUCCGAUCACCGGGAAAGAACGACUUUUCGGACAGACAUCACUAGGUCGACCACUUCAACUCAAAUUCGAGAUCUCUUCAGAGUUUCUAGCAGCCUCCGACGUAGAAACAUGUCUUCGACACGUGUCUCUUGUUUUGGCGGAUGUUGAGCCAAGGAUUCGGGAGAUUCUGGUUUUGUAUGGCAUUCAACUCAUCGGAGAAAGCAGAGGAAGAGCUUUCGAGCUCAAAGCUGAAGCAGAAGAUGUUGAAUAUCACUUGAUGGAAGAAAGUAAAGGCUGGACUACUUGUAUCCCGGCCAAAUCGAUUACUCCGGUCAACGAAUGUACUAUAUGCCUUGAGGAAUUAUGCCACGACGAAGAAUCUAUAGAGACACAUGAUUGUUGUCAUGUUUUUCAUAAACUCUGUCUUUGGCGCUGGAUUCGGACCAAAAGCUCUUGUCCUCUUUGUCGUCAUCCUAUCUAUUCAAGACCCAAGUUUUAGGUUUUUUUUAUAGCUUUUUUGGUAUUCUUCUUUUGUGUAAAAAUGUCCAAAGAUGCAUAUUCCACAUUUCUACUUGCUGUAUAUAGCUUGCUUGUUCAACAUCUCUUGUGUAAAAUUUAAUAAUUAAAUAAAUAAGUGAAAGCAACGAAAAGACAUAUAGACCUAGUUAUAAAAAAAGAUGCCCAAG